GACAGAUGAAUGUUGGAACAGUCAACAGCUGAGUUGUGCCAUGGCAGGAUCAUGGAGCGAAGGCCUCUGGCAGUGCUCUUUAUUUUGACCGUGUUGGGUAUUGUAGCGGCUAAUAUUUCGGAUUAUCGAUUAUGUGCAGAUCCAAAAUGUGAAGAACCAGUGUCGAAGGGAGUAACGCUCAUUAACUACCCGAGCAACGAGGAGCGAAUUCUGUCCUUCCCGGUAAAUGCUGAGGUGACAGUGUACAGUAAAGAAGCUGGUGAGAGGAAAGACCUGUGGGGAGUGAAGAUAAAAGGAAAGAGGGGAUAUGUGCCAAAGCAGUACAUUCGAGAGAAAAAAAUAUUUAAAAUAGAUCUCGAUUAUGAAGUGCCGACCGAACCCUUCAUUGACGGAGAAAUCCCCGUCGAUAACAAUGGUAAAAAUAACGAAGAUUCCAAUAAAGAUAAUGAUGGAGCUGAGAGAAAAUUAAUGAAAAAUGAAAUAAGAUCAAGCCAGGAGAAAAUUGCCAUAAGUGCUGAGGAUGUGGAAUAUAACCGCUUAAAAGUUGAUGAUCACCUUGAAGAGAAAGAGAAGGCAAGUGAUGAACCUACACCAGGUACAGAGGAAGUGUUGAAGAAGCAGGCAGAUGUUAAUGAUGGAGCUGACACUGAGGGUGUUGAGCUGGCCAGAGACACUGAGGGUGUUGAGCUGGCCAGAGACACUGAGGGUGUUGAGCUGGCCAGAGACACUGAGGGUGUUGAGCUGGCCAGAGACACUGAGGGUGUUGAGCUGGCCAGAGACACUGAGGGUGUUGAGCUGGCCAGAGACACACAAGAUGAUGAGGAUUACUUUGCCGAAGAGGAAGUUUUAACUAAUGAAGAAAAUAAAGUUGAUGAAGAAGGUUAUGUUGACAAACAGGAGGUGGAAGAUGUUAGUGAUGUGUCAGUUAACAUAGGGAGGGAGGAGGAGGACAUAUCAGUAGUUCCUCAAGAACUUGGAAGCUCAGGAGAUACAGUUUCAGAUGAUAAGUCCAUACAAGUUCCUCCUUCACCAGCCACACCAUCUCCAGUGGAAGAUCAUUCCAUUAAGAGUACUGAAGCUAUUGAUGAAUCAGAUGAUGAGAGCUUACAUGAUGGAGAAUUAUCUUCAGCAAAUUAUGAAGUAAUUGAUGGUACAACAGUAUAUUUUGAUGAAGAUGCUGUUACUGCUACGCCUGUUGCCCCUGAUGUUGUGUUUCCCUCCAUUGCUCUUGAGGCUUCACUGGUAAAAGAUGAGAAUUUGGUUUCAGUUCAUCCACACCCCUCUCUGUCUCAGGCAUUACACGUCAUAACUCAAUCCGACAAUAUUGAUAUAAUACCUUCGGCAGCACCAAGCUUUGAAGAUGCCAGAUCAGCUGUUCCAGAUAUUGUUGGUUCAUCUCAAGUACUUGAAAAUUCUGAACAGUCUACAACCAAGGUACCUCAAGCAGAACAUGAAAAGCAGGUAAAUGAAGGUAAGCCAGAUGUUAUUCCAUCAUCAUCAUGGUUGUCUAGUGCAGCUUCAACAGUAUCGUCUUGGAUGUCUGGUGAAGAAACAAAGGUAAAUGAAGGUGGCAGUAAUGGGGAGAAUGAAAACAUGGAUACUAUCACCCAGGAAAUUUUGGAGAUUGUCAGUGAGAGCAACAUACCUUCCCCAUCUGCUGUUGACACUGCCAGUGAAAAGAUCGUUCCUGCAGAUGCCAUAAAAAAUGAAGAAUAUGGAGAACCAAAACCAGAAUCUGUAAUUGAUAACUCGGAUGUUCCAUUUGAAGAAGUGGCAGAAAGCGGAGGGUUUUUUUCUAAUUGGUUUGGCAGUUCAGAAAACAAUGAUAAUGCAAAGGCUGAUGAAUCUAUGAAAGUUUCUGACUCAUUGAAAUCUGAUGCAGCAUCUUUUGAGACUAAUGAUGUAGAGCCUGAUAAUAAUAAUGCUUCAGAAGACAGUAGAUCAGGUGAUUCAGAAGCAGUUCCUACUGACACUCUUUCUAAAAUUGCAUCCACUGAUCAUGUUGAUGUCCCUGUAGAUGAAACUGAAAUCCCAGAAAAUAGUGCACAAACCCCUCACUCUGCAGAUAUUGUAGAUAUUGAUGCUUUCAACACCCAGCAAUAUAUCCCUCCCUCAGUAGAUGCCAAUCCUGAUUCUUCAGCUUCGCCCAGCCCGGAGCAGUACUCAGAAAUAACCCCCAAAACUGAUGGCCAACCUCCUGUGGGAGAUAUGACCCAUGAUCUUGGUGAUGUGGGAAAGAGUAGUGAAGAGGAUGCGGAUAUUGAUGAUGCAGGUGAAGAUGAGGAAGAGCCCGGGCCCAGUACUGCACGACCAAUGUAUGCCGAGCCUCAACCUACAUCCCAAGGUUAUUCCUCGGUAGACCCCGACGAUCUGGCACGUCUGGCAGAAGCUGAACAAAGUGGUAGAGUGGAGAGUGGUGACACUGGCCAAGAUGGAGGAUCCUUGACUGAGGAUUUCUUGAAGACUUCUCACAGCUUGUGGGUGUCUCUAGCUGCAGCUCUUCAGCUACCUGAAGGUUUGGCUUUUGGAGUUGAGGCAGAAGUUGCUGAACCACACAUGACUUCUGGGUCGCUUGUGUUCCUGGGUAUUGUGGUCUUCACUAUCAUCACCAUCUACUUUGUUCACCUGAUCAUGAUGAAAUUUUCUCGUGAGUCUCCUAUGCUAGAAGCCCUGAGCCGCACUGAGCAUGAGAAUCGUCUGAAGGCCGAGGAAAAUGCUACCUUGCAUGAGGAGUUGUGUAAGGCUCGAGCUGAGUUGGAGAUUGUGUCAUCCAGUUUCAUGGCAUCAAGUGGAGAUAUUACUGAGCUUGACUCUCAACUUGACAUAAUUAAGAGUGAGUAUGGUAUUGAGAGGUCACAGCUAGAGGAGAGAAUAGUGCAGCUAGAACACGAGUUGGAGGAAACGACAAGUAACGGUCUGGAGAUGCACAAGAUGUUGUCCGAGAUGUUGUCGGCCCAGAAAGACACCUCAACGUUCCAGGCAUCAGUCGACCACCUCCAGGCAAUGCUUGAUGGACAGCGGGAGAAAGUGGAGACCUUGACGUCUGAUUUAGCGCUGAAGACUCGUUUGAAUGAAGAACUACACAGCGAGUUGUCAGCAUCGAUGGAACGUACAAAGAAACUGGAUUACCAAGUGCAGCAGUUGACACAAUCUCUACAAGAACUGACUGGGUCACAGGAAGAAGCAAACCACAGACUUCAAAAAGAGACAGUACUUGUUAAGGAAUUAAAGGAAGCGAAUGAGGCCCUCUCGCAACAGACUUGUGAUUAUGACUCCAAGAUGUCAUCCCUCAACAGUGAGUUGAAGGCCCUACAAGACACAAUCCAUCAGCUGAGAGAAAGUGUUGAGAUCAAGGAAUCAGAGCUACAGGUCGCUAAGGAAUGUCUGAAACAACUGCGGCUGACUUCUGAUGAUGAUCAUGCUGCACCAGACGAGGAGAAGCUCUCGGCUCUGUUUAAUGUGAUUAGGGUGAAGGCAGAGCUCCAGAGAGUGAACAAUGAGCGUAAUGAUCUGGCAGAACAGCUUACAGAUGCUGAGAUGGCACAGACAAACUUGGAAGAUGCAAUGUCAUCCAUUCGUUCAGAGGUGACAGAACUGCGAACACACCACGACUUGGCCAUACAAGAGAAACGAGAAGCACUGAGUAAAUUAGCAGUUUUAUCACAAUACUUUGAAGAGAAAGAAGCACAACUUACCAAGGAACUGGAAUCACAAGAAGGGUUAAGAUUAAAUGCUGAAGGUUCGGCUGCAUCAGUUUCUAAGAAGAUUCAGAACUAUGGACUGGAGUUAGCAUCUUACAAGACUCAAGUUGACAGCUUACGUAAGGAAUUAGAGGAUCAGGAGAACUCUUACAAGGUCCAGAUUGCCAGCCAAGAGCAAAAGGCUCAUGAGAACUGGUUACAAGCUCGAACUGCUGAACGCAAACAUGAGGAACAAAGGCAAGAGAACAGUCAGCUUCGUAACCGUCUGACGCUUCUGCAGAAGGAGAAGGAGGCACAGCAGUUGCAAGUCAAUAUCAUCAAACCAACACCUAAACGUAUAGAUGCUAAUGGAAGCUUGUCCUCUCCUGGGCUCAUCCUGGAUGGUGUGGUGGAUGGGGAUCACUCUGGUUUAACAUCCCUUCACCGUGAUGUAGACUCUCCACCUGUUCCUCCACAUCCUUUACAUGGGCCCCCACCCAUUCUCCCAAUGAUGUUUCCACCAGGUGGGCCGCUGCCUCCCGGAGUGCCACCACCACAUGGAUUACCUCCUGGAGUCCACCCGCCUCCUGGUUUACCUCACGGUGUUCCGCCACCUCAUGGCUUACCCCCACAUCCAUUCCUUGCUGGCGAACCUCCUUUCAUGGGACCCUUACCUCCUCUGCCUGGGGAUCGUCGUUUACCUCCCGCUGGUGGAAUGUCAUCGCCUCCAUUCAGACGGUCUGGGUCUCCAACUUAUGAUCACCGUCAUGACCGUUACUCACCUGUGAGUGAUCGCUCUCAUUUCUCUGAACGUCGCUUUUCUCCACCUCUUCGUCAUAGACUGCCAUCCCCCGAGUUACAUCGUAACCGUUCCCCCGAUAGAAGGUGUGAUCGAACGAGAUCGCCGGAUCGACGAUCAGACAGAAUGAGAUCGUCUCCAGAUCAUCACACCAAUCGGCGCACCCCAGAUCGUAGGUUAGAUAGGAGAUCACCCGACAGACACUUCUCCACCAGGUCACCCGAUGGUUACAUACGACACAGGACUUCUCCUCAGCACUAUUUUGAUCAACCUGAUUAUAACAACGACGACCCCAGGUUACGUCCACCUCACAUUAAAGGUAAGAAGACUUCUACACCCCUGGGCCCAAAUGAUCGAUGAAAGAAUGAAUGUUAGCAGCAACAUGUAAGAGUCAAGUGUAUAGUGAAUGUUGAUUCUUUUAGCAAAUGUAAAACUUUAGGUCUGUUAUGGUUCUUCAACAUUUAUUUUAUUCUUCAAAUGCUUCAGUUAAAAUUACAUGGGAUGUGCUUCCACUGACCGCUCCAAUAACACUUGGUAGUUGGUGAGUGCCUACUAUUUAUAACUUUAAAUGUCAUCCUUUCAAGAGAUAGUGUCAUAACUUUACACGGUUUUGAACUUAACCUUACAAAUAUAAAAAAUUUAAUGAACAUUCAGCUAGUACAGUAAUGAUAAUCAGCUCACAAGUUAUAAAAGUUAUUGACAUUGUUUGGAAUGAUAUAAAUAUGAAUAUCAUUUCUUUUAACUUUAUAAAAUUAUGAAGACAAUUUUAGGAAUCAUAAUGUAAGCAACUGUACAAUAUAUUAAUUAAAACCCAUAAAUAAGAACAAAUUGAUGUGCCUCUCAAACCUAUACAGUAAUUGUAAGAUAAUUAAAUUAGAUAAAUUUAAGGUCAUGCAGCCACCAGGUAUGAUAAAUUACAUAUUCCCGGGAAUUGACAAUUGUGUAAAAAAACCAAAAAAACAUUGAUAAAGAUUAUGAUAAUUUUAAAUCUAGUUAGUUAUUCUAUUUAGUUGCCUUGUGGAAAAAGUUUAAAAUGUCAAAAAAUUUAGAUACAAUGGAAUAGUCAUGUAUGGAGUUAUGGUAAGGGUGUUUAAGCACUGCCUCAACAUAUUUUGAAAAUUCCUAGAAGAAAGCUUCUAGUUAUGUGAAUCAUAUUUUUUGUUUUGUUUUAAACCACUGGUAAAGAAGACAUUAAUAAUUUUAUUACUAUUAUCUUAUUUCUCAUUAAAAGAAGUCUAUAAGCUGCUAUGGACCCAAGUGAGUGGAGGCUUUUUCUUAGCAUCUCUAUAUGGAAAACUUAAAUUAUUCUGUUGACAUGUUUAUUGUUGAGAACUGCAUUGCCCUUGUCUUAUGAGUGAUACUGUUUGAGUGCAUGGGAGAAUAUAAAAUUGUACAUUUGUAAUUUUAUUAUGUAUAUUAGAAGUGAGAAUUUUGUACUUGAUCCCAGACUCGAGUCUCUAUUCACCACCUGUUAGAUGGUGAUACAAGUUAGGUGCAGUAGUGAGCAGGUGCUGUCUGUAGGUGCAGUUAUCUUCUUGUUACAUCAACAUUAAGUUGAUCAUGAUUUAAUAAAAUUGUACUAAACAUA